AUGCAAGCUUCUACCGACUCAGUCAUGCGAUCAGCGUCCACUUUCAACCUCCCCUCAGCCAUGUCGAGGCUUGCGGCGUCACCCCGAUAUCUCAGGUGUAAAGCUCAGGAUUCGUGAGGCUUGAGGUCAGACGCUGACUAAUAUCUGCGUCUCUGUGUGGGAAUCAAUCAAUCAGGCUGCUUUCGGAUCAAGUGUUCAAUUACCGUAAGCAAAAUAGUCAAACCCGGCGGAUCGAGCACCGAAUAGAUGUCAGACUGCUGUGCCUUUCCUGAUGUUUGGGGGUCUGUAGAUAUGGCGGAGAUCACAGCGCUACUGUAUCCCAACCUUGCCGCCCUUAUGGCCGCAUUCAUCACUACCAAGUCCUACAUCGGCCUCGUUCAAGGCGUGGCGGCGCUGUGCGUUCUCUUGCUCAUCGAGACUUUCAUGGAGCUUAUUCUUUACGUGGUCGGCUUUUCAACACCUCAGUUUGGAAAAAUCUGGGAGUACGUGUGUGUAUGGGUGUGUGUAUGCAGAUAUUGCUGAGAACGAACAAUCUUUCCUUGUGUCGAGCAACGUUUGAGCCGGGGGUCAUGAAAGUGAGAAUUCACGCCCUGCUGUGGAUUUGUCUCGUCGUUUUCUCGUACCUUUCGGCGGACUUCCUUGGAUACAUCGGCACAGGAAUGAGAUACCAGAAGUGGGCCGGCGAGCGCUGGUCGGUACACUGCAAAGAGACCUGCAUUUGCAGUGCAAAGUGACCAUCGGUCCUGUCUCUUUUUUCGGAUGCCUUUAGGAAGGACCACUGCCCACACUUCUCACUAGUGUGGACGGACUGA